AAGGAAAGAAGAGUUAAGAACAGAUGGCCGUGAUGAAGCUUGCUCUGGUGCUGUUCCUAAUGGCCUUCACAGCCACGGCAGUGUCAGGUCGCCGUGAUCCAAACACUGUGCUGGCUCAGGCAAUGAUGAACGGCGGUGAGGCCAAUUACAUGGUGAAAUCCACCACAGGUGCCUGCUGCAACAACUGCACCUGCACAAAAUCAGACCCACCCCAAUGCAGAUGCAAUGAUGUUGGAACUACCUGCCACUCUGCUUGUAAGAAUUGCAUCUGCCUACUCAUCUGGCCUCCCUCUUGCAGUUGCUAUGACGUCACCACUUUCUGCUACGACCCUUGUCCUUCCUCCUCCAAUUAAUGCUAGUCAUGCCUCUUCUCAUCAUCAAUAAUAAUUAAUAUGAUAAUUAUGGUGUUGUAAUCUUAUAUCUAUGUGAUUUCUGUGUACGUACGUAUGUGAAACUAUAUAUCUUAAAUAAAUGAAGUAUCGUGUGUGCCUUGCGUGCUUUGCAGUUUGUUCUUUGCAAACUCCUUUGCUUGCAGGCUCAUAUGAUCUGUACGUGUUCCUUGGUGAUCCAAA